CGGGUAUCAGGUGCUCGAAGGGAGGUGAUUAUUGCGUCCUUGGCGACGUUUACAAAUGGCUGAAAUGAAGAGUGCAGUUGAGGAUUUAAAAGAUGAGCGAGUUCCACAGUGUUUGUACUGGAAUGUGGAACAAGUAGCCGACUGGAUAGAAGAUAUAGGUUUUCCUGACUACAGACUAUGUAUUACAGAGAACAUGAUCAAUGGUAGAAAGCUGAUUCAUUUAGAAGCCUCACAUCUGCCCAACAUUGGAAUAACAGACUUUGAACAUAUCAAGAUAAUUGCAAAAAGUGUACGAGACUUAUUAACUUUAGAGGAACCCAACUGGAACCGAAGCAUUUCACUGCCUCCUAGAAGUGAUAUUGGAAUGUAUUUAGAAAAGAAAGCAGGCACUGGAAAAGAAAUGGAUUCUGUGACCUAUGAGAAAUAUUUACUUGACUUUACAGAUCCAAAAUGGAAACCGCCAUUAGCAAAUCACUGCCUUAUUCUUCCAAGUACAUAAGAAAUAGUCAUGUAUGCAAAUAAAAAGUAAAAGAAGACGAAUGUCACUACAAGCAUGUUCAAAUUUCACCUUCAUUCGUCACCAAUCAAAUAUUUACUAUUUUUGAGUGGAAAAAUAACUAUAAAUGUGCUAAUAAAGAGUCUCAUAUGACAUUGAAACAAACAUUAACUUUAAACAUUGGAUAUACAGUAAAACCUGUGCAGAACAACCAUAUAAAGAGCAAAAACCUCUUUACUACAACAGCAUCGAUUCUUCCCAAAGAAGACUUCACAAUACAUGCAAUCUGUCUAGAGCAAUAUGUCUCAGCAACAACCUAAAUUUUUGGCAUCAGAAGGGUGUUUCAUUGUAGAGGUUUUACUGUACCAUAAUAGUUAAUUGAUAUCGGGAAAAAACUGAAACUGUUAUUUCUGGAACUUUAACUGAAACAACCCUUAUAAAGACAAGGCAGUAUUUUUUUUUUAAGUUUACCAAUUAUUUAUUAUAAUUAUUAUUAUAAUGAGACCUGUUCAUUCUUAUUUUUCAGAUUGUUUUAAUUGUUUAAACCAAUACCAUUAACUAUUUGUGUGCCAAAACUAUAUUAAAAGAAAAGUGAUUGUUAUAUAUUUUGACAAAACUUUGUUCAUCAAUUAAAGGGACUCCACUGAAGUUGUUUUGACAUGACAGGGCUGGAAAUAUUUUUUUGAAGAUUUUCAUUCUCUGCAGGUCUAUACCAAUAAAGUGUGCAAAAUUUCAGAUCAUUUGCUCACUUUGUUUUUUUCCAGUAUAUAAUCAUUUUAUUGUGCAAAAUGACCUAAAAAUGAAAACCAUCAUAUAAAGGCUUUUAAUAAACUUACAUCAGAAAAAGAAUUGCUCUAGACAUAUUGAUUUGAAUCAAAAUUCUGGGUAUAUUUCUUUAUUGUCAUUUUCCUAUAUUUCCAUUUUAAGUGGCCUGGCAGUUGAUCAGUGUAAGAUAUUUCUAAAAUUUUUUUAACUUUUACACCUCAGUGGAGCUUCUUAAACAGAGACCUAAGAUGUUUUAGAUUAAAACUAAAUGAAUGUUAUUUUAAUAGAAGACACAUGUACCUUUGACUAUAUAACCUAUAUUCACAUAAAACCUGUAUAUUGUAACUGUGCCGUAUUUCAAACCUUCUGUCUCAUUUUGUGUUAUAAAGCUACAAAUUAAUAUGUAUACAAAUGUAUUUCUUUGCACUAUAAUUUUUCUAACACCUUUUAUAUAUUUGGCAUUUGUACUUGUUUUAUAUAUUUAGCUACAUGUAUGUUACUAAAGUGCACUGCUCUUUUGCAAGUUUCUGUACAUUAGAUUAAGAAAUAUUAUAACCCUUAACAAUUGGUGCAACCAAAAGUGAUCAGCCUUUGCCACCAGUUUAUUGGCAGGCCAGCCUGAACCAGGCUCUAUACUGUUGGUAGCUUAAUUUUUGUAUUUUGAUAGUGAACUUCCCUUAAGCUUUGAAUGGACUGUUUCAAAUUCAAAGCUGAGCAAGUCCAUUGCAAAAUUUUAGCAGGUUAUGGGUUAGAGGAAAGAGGAAAUAUAUAUUUUUUAUAACGUAUGUGCAGUUUAUUUGUAUUCGGACUUGGAAUAAGAAUAAACUGGUGGGCUUCAUUGGUAAUUGUUCUGGAAUGGGUCAUUUGCUUUAUUGCCAUGGCAACUUUUAUUGAAAUUUAAUUUAAAUUUCAUAAGAAAUUUGAAAUUCUGACUUAACAUGUUUUUGUUCAUAAGUUUAAAGGUGCAUGACAUGUUUUAUUGAGUUUUUAUGGAUUUAAGGGUGUCAUAGUUUGACUUGUCAGGCAUUUAUCUUAUUUUCAUUGAAGAUGUAACAUUUUGUUGAAUUAUUUACCUUAUUUUGUACUC